AUGGAUCCGUCAGGGAUCAUCGGCAUCAUCAGCGUGGUGGCUCAGAUCGUCACCACGUGCACGAAACUUGGCCUGAGCUGGCGUGAUGCUCCCGAAGACGCCAAAAAAUUCAAGAAUGAGAUGGAUGGGCUGUACAAAACACUGUCAGAAACUUCAAGCCUUCUGAUCCAGAAUCCCGACUUUAUUGCAGCCUUUGAGGGACAGCACUCUGCGGUGCUGUCUAACCUGGCGACACUCUCCAGUCCCGACGAUGAAAGCCUCCUCUCUGCUUGUCAAGACGAACUCGUUCGUAUUCUUGAGGGGCUGCAGAAGCAGCUUGAGGGUAGCCGCUUCGGCUGGCAACGGUUCAAAGUGAUGUUCUCUGGCGAUGUGACGCAGUCAGCAAUUGAAAACCUUCAGCGCCGGUGCCAAUUGAUAAACAGCAUGAUCUCGAUCGACAAUACGAUGCUUGCGGUGAGAACCAACCUCGAAGUCCGGUCUUUGAAAAAGGAUCUUGCCGGAAGACAUUUAGAAGAAAGGAAGAUACAGAUUCUGGAUAGAAUAACGCCAGUCGACUUCACAACGCAGCAGAUUGACAACCUCGAUAGGAGGCAAGAGGGAACUGGAAAAUGGCUUCUUGAAUCCCCAGAGUUCGAAGCCUGGGUCCUUGGAGAUCGAAGAACACUAUUCUGUCCCGGAAUGCCUGGUUCUGGGAAGACUAUGCUUUCGUCCAUCGUCAUCGAGCAUCUCAAACGCCGGUUUGAGGAAAAUUCGACGGUUGGAGUUAGCUUCAUGUUUUGCAAUUUCCGACGGCACGAUGAGCAAACACCCCGUAACUUGCUAGCCAGCGCAUUGAAGCAACUCUAUUGCACGGCGCCCGAAGAGUGCGAAGAGGUAGAGAACACCUACAGGCACGGGAUGUCUUCGGCGUCGAAACAAGACAUAAUGCGUUGUCUUCAAGCCGUGGUACCCCGAUUCAGCAGAGUAUACGUUGUCAUCGACGCCUUGGAUGAACUCGACGAAAAUCGAAAUAUGUUUCUCGAUGUUAGUAUCCCUAUUACAGGGUGUAAAAAGGAGGUUCUAACCACUUCCAAUCCGACACUCGAAGCUAUAUGGAGUUUGCAGGAAACAUCAUAUGUCAACAUUUUUGCGACUUCUAGGCACAUACCAGAAAUCGAGCGCUACUUCGAUGGUUCACUAUGCAUCGAAAUACGGGCUUCCGAUAGAGAUGUGAUGAAGUUCCUAGAUGGCCAGAUGUCGAAGCUCCCCUUAGCUAUGAGAAAGAACGAAGGCCUCCAAGACCAAAUCAAGGAUGCUAUCUGUUAG